AUGACUGUGUGAGGUGAUGUUUUCCUCCCCAAUUUUCUAUGAUUUCUCCGUAAAACCACUCCAACAUGUCCACAGACAGGCUCCAACGUCUUAGGUAUAUCCUUAGGAAGGAACAUAUCGCAAACAAAAAGGAAAAAGGUAUUUUAUCAAGGCAUAAAACGGGCGAUGAAAUCAAUGUUCUCCCCGGUACACUCUGGGAAGAUUAUGAAGACAAGCAAACGAAGAAACAUGAAAAAAUUGGAUUCAGUUAUUUCUCUUCUUUGGAUUUUGAUAAUUUGAUUCUAAGUUGUCCGCCUUCUGAUGUUACGCGGAUUAACCAAGGGGAGUAUGAGCUUCUUGCGUCAAUCAGCACUUGUGCUGAUCGCAUGAAAGUUUUUGAGGACAAGGCCUGGCUUGGAGAAGGUCUCUCUUUGGAUGUAGGAAGUUACGUUCAUAUUCAUCGGUAUCCAAACUUGCCCGAGAAGGCUCCUGGAGUAAUAAAGUAUAAGGGAAGUUUGAGCGGCAUCAAAGGACUAUGGUUUGGAGUAGAACUUUUGAUGAUUUGGAAGAAACCCGGUGGCACCAUUCGCCGUGGGGAGCAGGAACACCGAGGAAAAGGAUGUACGAAUGGCAUGUUCCGUGGUCAUCGUUAUUUUGUGACAGAUGUAGAUUGUGGAAUAUUUGUGACAAUAGCGCGGAUACGAAAGUGUCAAGAAGACAACCGACAUGACAUCCGACAACCUCAACAACAACAGCAACAACGACAAGAACGGGAUCGGGACAAUGAACCAACAUAUCAGGCAUCUCCGCAAUAUCAGGCUUCUCCUCAACAACAACAACAGCAACAAACGUUGCGUCAAAACGCGACUAGUCCGCCAUUGCCAAAUUUACCGACAAAUGCUGUGGGAGGCUUACCGAAGGAUUUGGCGGGCAGGAACUAUGACUUGAAAAUUAGUGAAAGGGUUGUUUGGCUUGGGGACACUGGGCCAGAGUUUGGUUGUGUUCGAUGGAUUGGGACUUUACCGGAUAAACCCAGUGAAGUCUUAGUAGGAGUAGAAUUUGAUAAUGCAGUAGGUUCAGGUACGGGUCGAUACAAAGAACACCAGCUCUUUCGAACGAAACCCAACCACGCCUCUCUCAUUCCUAUCCUGGGUCUCAUGAAAGAGGACGAGUACAUCAAUCCAACGCCCGUCAAAAUGCCAAUAGACUUCUAUAACGACCGGCCGCCCGUGCACCGUCGCGGCCCAACGAUGGGCAUGAACAACGCCCAGCGGAUCAUGCUGAAGAACACGGGCCGUUCAAUGUCGCAACAAUCCCACAUUUCUCAGGGUUCCGUCGAUAGCGACGAGGUGGCGACACCACCGUACUCAGUCGUUAAGAAACAGAACCGACCAGCAUUAUGGCGAUUCUGGUCGCAGGGUUCCCAGGACAGUUUCGAGGUCAAUGAUCACACAUCAUACGCCACGCUCAUCAAGAAAUCGCCACGAAAGUCGCCACUGAAGAAAGAAAUCCCUAUCCAACAAACUCUACUUUCUCAAAAGAUACGAGCAAAGAAAAACUUUGCCCUGUCGCGCUACUGGUCGCAGGGGUCGCAGGAGGCAGAAGAGUUUUUCAACAAUUCUACACCACACUCUGCACCGGUUGCACGGAAAAGCAUCAAAAAAGCACCAGCGAGCGUCAGGAAAGGUGCAAGUCUUAACAUAGUGUCUGGUCCUGCUCCCAGUACCAGUAGUGCCGGACAGCAGGGGGCCUACGCCGGCCCUAGUACCAGUAGCGCCGCAUCUGAUGGUAGCCUGGAUGGGCCGCAAUCGAGCGCGAUCGCCAUGAAAAUGGCCAGCAGAGAUAUGGGAAAGUCCGACGAGGAAAUCCUCCAAGCACAAAAACAGACAUUGAGCCCGCCUUCAAAACGGAAAGAACGGGAGAAAAAGGAAUAUAACGAUCAUAGCAAACACAACAACAUCGCUCAUAACUCGGCAGACGCCAAACAAAAAGGACCAAUGGCCAAAGAUGUCUCAUUAAAAUCCAGCGAUAAACAGAAGAAGAGUAUAUCGUUCAGUGAUAAAAAGUUUAACAAUGUGAUUCCAGUGAAGGGUCGUAUGGCUUUGAGUAGUCCGCCGCCAACGGGCGGUGGGCCCGCCACAAAGGGUAUCAUGAUGAACCGCAUGGGGAAGGACGAUCACAGAAAUGACAUUGACUAUGACUGGUCCAAUAAUGGGUCAAGUGUGGACGAGGUUGUAGAAGAGGUUGUAGAAGUAGUCGUCCCUGAGCAAGCGACUCAGACGGGUGGCCGCGGCAACCCAAUAUAUGAGAAGGAAUUAUUUGGCGCGGCUAAACAUGAUUCAGACGACGACGAGGACGUCAUCCGACCAGAGACUGCCGCGGUCUGCGGUGACCGCGGCAACCGAGCAUACAUGGAUGAAAUAUUUGAUGCGGAUGACCAUGAUAGCCUUGAUGAAGAUGAAGAUCAUGAGGUCGAGAAAGACUACUUAGGCCUCGGCUAUCCGCACGGCUUAUCGAACAGUCCUAGCGCUCACAGCGGCUUGAGCGGGAUUAGUCAGGUGCUCAGCGACAUAUCGGAUAGCGACUCCUCCUCGACCACCCCGACUGAACACAUAUACCCCAAAACAACAAAAGCCACAAUCGAAGUGCCUCCGAAACACGGCAAGGAAACUGACAAGGAACGCGUAAAAGAAAUGGACAGACAUAAGGACAGAGUAAAAGGAACGCGAAGUCCGCCACAGUAUGGCACAAGGGAACGCGAUCGCAUCCAGCCGCGUCCAGGUCAUGCGCACCGACGUGGAUUAGAUGGACCGUCAUCUCUAAGUUCUAAAGAAGAAAUCCCGAAGGAUUUGGAGCUCGGUUCGAUGGUGGAGGUGUUGGAUAAUCCGCCAAAGUUUGGCGUGAUUCGAUGGAUCGGAACGCUGCCCGAAGCAAAGAAUGACCCAAAUCGACUCAUUGCUGGUUUAGAAAUGGAAGAAGAGGAUCCUAACUCUUGUACGGAUGGAACAUUUAACGGAAGAAAGAUAUUCGACUGUCCGCCAAAGAAAGGAUUCUUUGUUUAUCUGAAUCGAGUACGAAAAGACUCCAGGUUCCAGGAGUCGGCAAAAUAUAUUGAUAGCACAGAAAGCAUGGCAUUCGGCACGCUUGAGAGUCCAGAAAUCCAAGGCAAUAUCGCGCCACCGGCAACGCUCAAGGACAUAUCGAAUAUGUUCGGUAAAAAUAAGGGCAUACAAGGUCAUCACAACUCGUGUUACCUCGACGCCACGUUAUUUAGUAUGUAUGCAUUUACGCAGGUGUUUGAUACGAUUCUCCAUCGACCAUCGCGGAAUGCUGAUCUGACAGAGUAUAAUGAAAUACAACGGGUGCUCAAGGAAGCUAUUGUGAAUCCUUUAAGAAAAAAUUUCUACGUACGUGCUGAUAAGGUGCUGAAGCUACGGACCCUGCUGGAUAAGUUAAGUAGCGUGAACGGUAUGAUGGGCGAGGAGAAGGACCCAGAAGAGUUCCUCAACUCUCUGCUACAUGAUACCAUGAAGGCCGACCCCUUCAUCAAACUCAGUUCGGGGCAAGAGUCCUAUUUCUACCAACUGUUUAUUGAAAAAGAUGAAAAGUUAGUGCUCCCAACCACGCAACAAUUGCUGGGCCUGUCCUUCCUUCAGUCCGACAUUAAACUUGCUGAGAUUCCCUCCUGUCUCAUCCUGCAGAUGCCGCGGUUCGGCAAGGAUUACAAGAUGUACCAGCGAAUAGUGCCAAGUCUUUAUUUAGAUAUCACUGACAUACUCGAAAAUAGUCCACGGGAAUGCGCUAUAUGUGGUGAUAUAGCGACUUACGAAUGCAAGGAGUGUUAUAAGCAAUUUGGUGAUACCAUAGAUAGAAUAGCCUUCUGUGAUAACUGUAUUAGAAAGAUUCAUUCUCAUCCAGACCGUGCAAGUCAUAAAGCGAAGCCGAUUGGCGUGCCAGAGGAAUAUAAAGACUUCCUUACCGAACAGAAAACGCUUCUUGGCGGAGAGAAUGUUCGAAUUCACCGUGAGACAAUGGAACUAUUUGCAGUCGUGUGCAUUGAGACGAGUCAUUAUGUGGCAUUUGUCAAGUGCGGCCCGGGACCCAAGGCACCAUGGGUAUUCUUUGACAGUAUGGCCGACAGAAUGGGUGAACAACACGGUUAUAACAUCCCCGAGGUUCAGCCGUGUCGAGACUUGCCCGAUUGGCUAGCAGACGAUAACCAUGAGCGCAUACUAACGAUGAAGGAGGAUCGGCAACUGCCAGAGUACGCCCGCCGGAUCCUGUGCGACGCAUACAUGUGCAUGUAUCAAAGCACCGAGGUCAUGAUGUAUAAAUGAAAAUACCCGUGUUAUCAUUAGUGGUAUCGUUUAGUCCGUUACAUGUUUGUCGUUAUACACAUGUUACCACGGAAACAGGUUGACAUGACAACGAGAGAAUCAGUUGCUAUGGAAACUGAGAAAAUUGUCGCAUGACCUUAAGGUUGGAAGCUGAUGAUGGGUUGAGGUAUUCUUGAUCCAUCAGCUGGUGGAGAUCGGUCCGAAGAAGCAAAAGAUAACGUUACGAGACUUUUAAAAGGAAGCGAUCAUGUCUGUAGUUGUUCUAGGAUAUGAAGUGGAUGACACACCAGGGUCUUACAGAGGACUAGCCAUGACAAUCAGUGUUGAGGUGGUGGUGAGGAACUGUUUGAAGACUUUCGAAUUGGAAUUGGCAGCUGUCCAAUAUGCAAAGCUAUAGGGUGUCACAGAAAUGUCCGACUUGAAGAUUUUCUGCUAAAGGCAUGAUGAUAUGCUAGAUCAUUAAAAUACCGACCCAGAUGUUAAAAUCAGUCAAAGCAUUGUAUCGUAGGAUUUUAAUAGAGAAAAGAAAAGUUAAUUUCGCCCAGCUUUAGCAGCUCCUGUACAUGCUAAAGCAUGUCCAAGAUAUAGUUUAGUGCAUAAAUCUGUCAAAAGAGGGCAGUGGUGAAGAUCUCAAUUUUGUAGCCCGUGUGUACCAAUAUAUUUGCUCAAAAAUAUCUUCUAUUGUAAAUGAGUCAACUUUUAGCAUACAUUGAGGUUUUCACAUGAAUAAGGAAUUAUUUAGCAUUUGUGAAAAUUUAAGUGAGAAUUUUGGUUACGAUGAGUUCUUGCAGUUUGAAGAGUUUUCCUUUCCAAGUUUCCCAUAUUUCUUGUUUGUAUCAUGAUCAUCCAGGUUCCAAAAAGAGUUAUUUCAUAUGAUAUGUAAUGUUAGUUCUUAACAAUUUAAGCCCCAUAAUGUAAGACUACUGGUAUAAAAACUUUAUUCUUCCUUUUACUCCCCGAAUUGAAAUUCUUGGAACUUACCUACUCAACUGCUUUCUUUCUUUUUGCAUUAUUCCAGGAACAAGAACGACCAGAUCUUACAUUUGUGACUUUAGAGUUCCUUUCAUGUUAUUAGUUAUGAAAAAACUAGUUAAAAGCUGAUAUUUUGAAAUGUUCUAUGCAGGAUUUGCCUUUAGAUUUACCUUGCUUUGUAUUCUUCUUUGGACAGUUCUUAAAUUAUUUUGCCUCUUUUCUUCGGCAAAGAUGAUAAUUUAGGGAAUGUGUAUCUCUGGACAGCAAGACAGUAAUCCUAUAAAGGCCAUUGAGUGACAUCAUAAGGGCAAUCAUUUUGGAUGUCAAUCAGUGCCCUUGACCCUGCUGUCUAACUGAUAGUACCAUGUGUGGAUGACAUCGCCACACUUUACUCCCAUUGUUGCACUGGUAAAGUGUGUCAUUGUUGGUAAAUGACGUCAAUUUGACAUCCCAAAUGUUUGUUUUUUUGCUUUGAUGGCGUCAUCUGCACAGCCACUGUGGGUAGCAGACGAAUUCAGACAAGACCAGCGCACAUAUGAAACUUUCAGCACAUAUCCCUCGUGCGUUUGAACGUGAUUCUUGUAAUGAAGUCACUCAAAUCUGUGAUGCGACUGGUUCGAAAUAACGCAUUGAAACUAGUCAGUGCAGAAGAUUUCAAAGACGUGACAAAAAGUGCUGCAGCUCAGAUAUGUGUGAAUUAUGGGAACUUGGGAAUUGUCCAUACCUUAUCAAUAUGAAAGAACACAUAUUCCUUUGGCGGUUUCAUUGUGUAUUUUUACGCCAUCAGAAUUUUUUUCAAAUUGUAAUUAAAACGUAUCUGAAUUAAUUGUUUGGUAAUUAAUAAUUAAAAGGUAUGCUUUUCAUUGUUUCGUUGAUUAAUAAUAGUGAAUUAUGGUGCUAUUGUAAAUGUAACUGCUCUUCACUGUUGUCACGGGUCACCUUGUGAAAUACACCAAAAAAAUCACCCAUUUAUUCACGUGAUGAGGAUUGGCAUGCUCGUGAGAUUUUUUAUGCAUUUUUUUACGUGUUGAUAAUAACAAUAUAAAAUGUAAGCCUGUACAGUAGUCCAUAGCUCCGAGGUCUGUGGGACAUAAGGUAAGGGGGUACAAAUAUAUAACCCUGGUACCAGUGUAUGUGUGCAUUAGUGUAUUUUCCUAGCUGUUUCUUUGAGCUGUUUUCUACACUAAAAGAGAUAUAAUUGUACCAGGGUUAUAUUUGUAUCGUUUACCUUAGUACAAUUAUAGCAUCUGUGUGCAAUAAUCCAUACUACUAGCUGUUUUCUACACUGAAGGGGAAAUAAUUGUACCAGGGAUUUAUAUGUACCACUUUACUGUACAUGUAUUUUGGUAUGGCGCACUGUAAAUUCUUGUGCAAAGAUAUUGAGCAGACCGGAGCACCCUUGUACUUGUAAGGUCUAAUCGUGCAGAAGUACCUGGUAAAAAUUGGUGUCUAUGUAUAUUCUGUAGGGAUGGAGAUGAGGAAAUCCGUCGGAAAAAUGCAAGGUUCAGCAGACAUGAAAUUUUUGUUUGAUAAUGAUACGGAUUCCAAUGUCUUAUUAUUAAAAGUGUUUAUCGCCGGCUAGGCUGGUCUCAAUACAACCUCCUUUCAUUUCCUACACCUCGAGCGGCCCGGCAUCAAGACAAGGAUGAAAAAAACUCCAAUAUUGGUGCUUUCAACACAUAUUCUUUAACAGGAAAUGGGACAGUGCAUUUCGUUUGCGGUGAAAAUGGAAAAGUACCAUAAAAACUCACCAGGUGAUAAUCACUUCAAGAACAGGAUGCAUUUUCCGCGGUGGUACUUAACCAACAGAAGAGAGCCUCCCAUUUUAUAGUUGUUCAAUAAGUUGUCUGUUAUCCGAGGUAUUUGGUUGUGAUUAAGAGGAACUGUGAAUGUUUGGAUUGGCUUAUUUUAAAGAUGGUUUAAUUGACUUUUCAAACCACCCAUCUCAAUUUACAAGAUCCUUGUGGGGGUUCUAGUGGCAGUAGGCCCGCUCCAUAUACUCCAGGUUCAGCAAUAUAAGACUGUUCAGGCCGCAAAACGUACACAUCAUUGUUCGAUGCCAUUCGAAAUGUUUCAUUUUGAUAGACAUUGGGUUGAUGACGCAAAGUUGGCCGAUUGUCAUGAAGUUCUGUUCUGGAUUGGCUUUCGGGUUGAUCUUGCAGUAAUUAGUGAACUGGUCCUAGAUUAGUGAAACUUGAGUAAAUCCUAGUUGUGUUGGUAGAGUCUUAUUAUGUUAGGCAGGAGCUUUAUAAUUGUCGGAGGUGUUGGUGUAAUAGAAAUAAGAAAAUGAGGUGCAUUUGCAGCGGUACGGCUGUGCAAUUAUACCGGUUUGAUUUAAGCUGUAUAAAGUCUUUGGUACUGUUAUGAAGAUUUUGAAAUUGUUAGCCAAUACCUCAGUAUUGUUUAUGUUAUUUAUUGUACAUAUACCAGGGCUGUUUUAAGUGCAGUAGAAUUCCCCAGACAUAUUCUUGAUUCUGUUGUGAUGACCAUAGUGACGGUGACAGGUCUGUCGUAGUUUCAUGAGCUGGAGAGAAAUGAGGAAUCCCGCUGACCUAGUUGUGAUUGUGUCUGCCUUGUGAACAGAAGGUCGUCGGUUCAAACACUCGUUGAUAGCUUUGUCCAACGCGGCUGGUUGGUUAGCCAACAGCUUGUUAAACGUAUAGUACAGACUGCCUUCUCGCCAAGUGCCUGGCAUUAGAGAAUGGAGUCUGGAAGUGAAGAGGGUCUCAUAAGCAAAAAUCUGGUUGGCCCUUUCUUUAGGGCUGAUAUGAGGGUGACAUUAUGUAGCCCAUUUUGGAAAUGUCCCAUUCGUUUCAGGUGACAGAUCAGAAAUUACAAUUUGAACCUUAUGUGUACCCCUUAUGAUUGUGUGUUGUUGUUUGAUUUUAACUCUCAGCCCGUAACUCAUUUGGCAUGGUUUGAUUCGAAAACCGAGGCGAAUUUCAGCAAAUCAGACUUUCAAAAUCGUCGGACAAUAGUACAGUGCAGGAAAUUUUAAUUUGAAAACCGUGAGUGUACGGUCUGCGGCUGUGAAAUCUAACAUGGCGGACCGAGUAUAUACGGGUUCCGGGCUGAAAGAGUUAAGGUUGGAGUACAAAGAGUUACACGGUAUACAGACAUGGUUGCAAUCAAUGACUUCAUGGUCAUGAUUCCUUUGUGAAGCCAUCGUUCACUGGAGUGUCUGUAUGUCAUGUUGCUCUUUGUAAACCCCUGCCUUAGAAGUAGACUUUAGUCAUGGCUACAUUGUACGUUGCAUGCACAUGGGUGGGUUGCUCAUUUAGCUCAAGAUGAAAAUAUCCUUGCAUUAAAGGUCCAUCCUGUUGAAAAUUUGACAUUUGAAAUAGAAUUUGAGAUUUUCAAUAAUGUAAAUACACGUUGAACAUGAAUUUGAGCAUUGCAGUUGUGUAUGCCAAUAUAGAUAUACUUUAUAAACCCUAUUAAGCCGGUCGAAGGGCAUCUGAACAAAAGGCCUAUAUUAUAUGUGAUAGGCCUUUGUGAAACAGACGCACCAAAACUGGCUGAAUAGCGUCUACACAUUGCAUACAAUAAUAAUAAAUCAUCACGUCUGGUUACUGUACAAGGGCAAUGUUUAUUUCUAAUUACUUGUGGCACAUACAAAAACAAUGCACACCAACAGCACAUGCCUUUAACAAAAUGUUACAUUAUUUUGAGUACUACAGGGCGGCCCAGAAUUAUUUCCCCUCACACAAUGGAUACACAUAAAAUUCUACUGUGCAUGGGAAUAUAAUUCGGGGCCAUCCUGUAGAGAGUACCAGUGGCCCAAGCUUCCACAUUCUCUUACUGCCUCCAGCUCAUGCCCCUACGUCGACCAUCGGCCCGCCUAAAAAGUAACUACAGGAGUGUACAGUUCCGUAUUGUGUUCUUACAUACUUGCAUAGCAUCCAUCUAAGGAAUAAAAUGAUGAAUCAUAUAUAUAUAUAAGUAUCUAAAUAUUAUAAAAAUCCUACUUUAUGCCAAUGUUUGGUUCUUGUUGUUCAAACCCCUCUUUCUGGUUACCAUGGUUACUUGUAAAUACUGAGUGAAUUCUUCUUAGUGAUCUAUGCAUUCGCCUAUAAGAACUUGUGUUAGUUGGCCAAAUUGGGGCCUAUAAUAAAAGUUAUGUCAGGGCGUCUGGUCCAUGAAUAAAAGGGAAUUUUCAAAAAGAAUUGUCUGUUGUAUGCCAAAGAACUCCCUUUGGACUGACAAAUGCAUGCG